AUGUUAUGGGAGCAUGGUGUUGAGGCAUUUGAUGUUUCUUGUCAGCAGAAUUUUAUGAUGCGUUCAGUGCUUAUGUGGACUAUUAGCGAUUUUCCAGCAUAUGGCAUGUUAUCUGGAUGGACAACUCAUGGAAGGUUAUCAUGUCCUUACUGUAAAGAUAACACUAAUGCAUUUCAGCUGAAGCAUGGAAGGAAAACAAGUUGGUUUGAUUGUCAUAGGCGAUUUCUUCCAGCAGAGCAUCCUUAUCGUGAGAGUAUGACGAAGUUCAGAAAGAAUUGUCAGGUCAGUGAUGGUCCACCUCCUGAUGCAGAUGGCAAGUGUAUGUUGGAUGAGUUGAGAUAUUUUGGUGCAGAGAAGACAGUUGAAUGUGGUGGUAAUAGGCAUGAUAAGGUGGACGCUUAUGGUGAUUUGCACAACUGGCAUAAAAAGAGUAUUUUUUGGGAUUUGCCAUACUAG